AUGUCGUCCAACGACAAAAACACCUCCGAACUCGACACCAUCCCCCACGAACGCAAAGAACCCCGACCCGACUUCACGCAACCCCUCCCCCGAAAGAAUCUCCCCGCAGACCUCCAAAAAACCCUCGACAACGAAGACCGCUUCUGGGAUGUCCUCACCACAGGCCAAGGCAGCGAGUCCACCGACUCCAGCGUCCGCUAUGCCGCCUACGCCUCCCGCCUCCGAACCAUAAUGCUCUCCGCCCACCGCUACGUCGCCUACACGUCAGAUAUCGGGGAGUCGUUCCGCCCCGUCGCGCAUCCGAAUCUCGUCCGCGCGGCGUAUGGCAUUUCGUGGGCGUAUUUGAUCGGGGAUGUGAGCUAUGAGGGGUAUAAAGCACGGAUACGGAAUCAGAGGAUCAUGAACCCGCAGACGGACGAGGAUAAGGCGGAGGCGGAAGCGCAUCCUGGUCGGACGGUGCCUGCGAUUGAGGAUUAUAGGACUGUCAUGGCGCAAAGAGCGAUCUUCCAGGGUCUUGCGAGUAUGGGACUGCCGGCUUUUACGAUUCAUAGCAUUGUGCGGUAUUCGGGACGGGCGAUGAAGAAUGUCAAAAACGUUAAGAUCAGGACAUGGGGACCUAUCGGCUUGGGUCUGGCGGCUGUGCCUGCGCUGCCGUAUAUGUUCGAUCAUCCAGUUGAAUACGCGACUGAGUGGGGUUUUCACCGGGCUUUUGAGGCUGUGGGAGGCCCGAAGGCUGUGGGGAAGGAUGAGCAGGGAAGAGGAGCGGAUGUGAAGCACAGGCAUGCGGAGAGGGAAUCGAAGAAGGAGCUGUAG